GCACACGGUUGUGGGCGAGCGUCGUUGUUGCUCUUGAACGCAUCUCGUCGAUCCAACAGACGGAGCGACAGACAGAAGAGGACAGACAGAAGAGGACAGACAGACAGACAGAAGAGGACAGACAGACAGAGGAGGACAGACUGGAGCUGGACACGAGGUCGGUCCCUGGUGAGCAGGCAGCAGAACGAUGAACUUUCAGGUUAGUGCACAGGAGGAGGCGGUGGAGAAGUUCCUGGACGCUGCGUCCAGAGGAGACCUGACCCAGGUGUCCACGCUGCUGACCCACGGCCCCUCGCUCAUCAACCAGACGGGAAACAACGGCUGGACGGCGCUGAUGCUCGCCGCUCGCAACGGACACUUUCAUGUGGUGGAGGCGCUGCUGUCAAAUGGCUGUGACAAGUUCUCCGUGAACGGUUCGGCACAGACCGCCUACGACAUCGCCAAGUUCUGGGGCCACAAACACGUCUCCAACCUGCUGAGCCGGACGGAUGACGGCUGCCAGAGAGUCCUGCCCGGCUGCGACCUAGGCCAGCAGGAAAACUACUUCGGCAGAGAGACGCUGGACCGGCUGAGCGCGAAGAGGACGGACAAGGCGUGGCUGGAGGCCAAACAGAGCGACGCAGACACCGUCUACUUGAUCUUCUCCAAACUCAGCCCCAUGGUCACCAGCCCUCAGGACGACAGUACAGGGGGUGAAAACAAACUGUGUCGGUUCAGAUUCGAGGCCGUUCAAGAUCUUCUCCAGAAACCUGCGACUGUGCUCGUCUUCCUGGGAGUGGAGAGGAGGAAAAAACCCUCCUCUUCCUCCCCUUCUCAGACCAAGGAGGGUGUUCAGGAGCCUCCAGCUUGGUUUGCCGUCGGCACAGAUGAAGAUGCAGCCGAACUUCUCAAACGCUGCAGAGAGAAGAACUGCUCCUUCCCGAAGGCGCCCAACAGGGACCUGCUGAAACUGAGCGAGGAAGAGGCCGGUGUGGUGGCUCAGGCCCGCUCGGUGUUGGCCUGGCACAGCCGCUACAGCUUCUGUCCGACGUGCGGGAGCAGCACCAAGCUGGAGGAGGCAGGACACAAGAGGAGCUGCCUGAACUCUGCCUGCAGGAGCCUGCAGGGGGUUCACAACACCUGCUACCCACGAAUCGACCCAGUGGUCAUCAUGCUGGUGAUCCACCCUGAUGGAAACCAGUGUUUACUGGGAAGGAAGAAGAUCUUCCCGGCUGGGUUGUUCUCCUGUCUGGCAGGGUUCGUAGAGCCUGGGGAGACGAUGGAGGCGGCGGUGAGGAGGGAGGUGGAGGAGGAGAGCGGCGUGAAGGUUGGACCGGUGCAGUACGUCUCCUGUCAGCCGUGGCCGAUGCCCUCCAACCUCAUGAUCGGCUGCCUCGCUGUCGCCAUGUCGACCGACAUCACAGUGGACCAGAAUGAGAUCGAGGAGGCCCGGUGGUUCCCGCGGCAACAGGUGAUUGACUCCAUGUUCAGAGCAGCGUCUCCAGCCUUCACCGUCCCGCCCAGACAGACUAUCGCCCACCAGCUGAUCAGACACUGGGUCGGCAUGAACUCUAACCUCUGACCUCUGAGCUCUACGAAAUGUUGCUGCUUUAUCCACCGGAGGGAAUCACUUUCCGAAAUUUGGACUGUUGAAUUACUUAAAGGAGUUCAAUGAUUUCAAAGACAGACGCACAAAACGGUAAAAGGUCUCAAACACUCCGUCACUUCAGUUCUCAGGGUUGAACUCACACUUGGGGAGUUGCUGUGUGAUGAUUGAUUGAAUAACAGUGUGAAGGUUUGGACGAAGAAAAGUUGAAACAACGUUCGCUUCUUCUACCAGACAAAUUCAGAAAGCUGCAAAUGUGUCGAACACACUGACACAAGUCAAAAUUGUUGUUUUCUUUCCUUUUGCAAUUCUACAAAACAGCGAUUCUGUGAUGCUAAACAAUUUCCUAUCACUGUAAUAAUAGGAAACAGUUAAAUACUGUACAUCUGUUGUCAUCUAAUAAAGUAUUCAAUAGGACUUAAUGAUUAAAAUAAUUAAAACAA